AUGCUGCGACUUGCGCUGCGCAAUUGUCUGUCGGCCAGACGAGGCUUGGUGACAGCCACAAGGCCAAAGCAAAUCAAGCGCUUCUACGAAGAGGUUUCCGUGGAGCAGCAUGGUGACCUGUUCCGGGUCCUGUUGGAUGGCAAGGUAGUCAAGACGCCCAAGGGCACCACACUGAAUUUACCCGGCGUUGGCGUCGCACAGCGCGUUGCUCACGAAUGGAGGGCGCAGGGUGAGAAUCUCGAGCCUCUGGAGAUGCCCUUCACUACUGUAGGCUGCACAGCUUUGGACAUUACCCAGAAGGACCCAGAGAGUUGCAUUGACCGAAUGUUACCCUUUUUGGAGAUGGACACCGUCUGCUUCCAGGUGGAUGAGGAGUUUCUAGCUGAGCGCCAGCAGCAGGAAUGGGGACCGCUUCGAGAAUGGUUCCAAGAGCAGUACGCCGUGAAACUGGGUGUGGCAACUGGCCUUGGGUCACCUGGCCACCCAGAGGAGACCAUGUUGCGGGUAGCCGAGCAGCUCCUGAACCGAGAUGCCUGGGAGCUAUGUGCUUUGGAGAUUGCAACGCAGACAGCCAAGUCGCUGAUUGUUGCCAGCGCCCUGCUGGACCGCAGCACCUCCGUCGAGGAAGCUUUGCGCUGGGCACAGUUAGAAGAGAACUUCCAAAUCGAACGUUGGGGCAUGGUUGAAGGUGACCAUGAUGUCACUGAGAGCGAGAUGUUAAAGUGGAUCCGCGAUGGCAUCGUUGUUUUAGACAGAUGGGCCACCAAGGAGACAGUAUCCGCAGCGCUGAAGGAGCUUGAGAGUGGCCGGAUGGCUGAAGGCCGCAACGUGCGCUUCGGCGGCAGCACGCAGCUGCUAAAGUGGCCCUUGGACGCUGAGAAGGAGCCGGCGCUGCGGAGCCUUGCGGAGGAUGCAGUGCUAAUGGAGGCUGUCGAGUUGGCACGGCAGGCGCACGGCGAAGGCUCCCAUUACGGAAUCCCCUGGGAGGUUCGGCUUUUGAUUCUGGCGCCUGGUACUCCGGAAGGUGACCUUCACAGAGAUGUUGUGGACACCUCACGGGUUCCGCUGCAGAGACCCCUUCAGUGGGGCCUCAACACAAUCUGGGCGGUGGACGACUUCACGGUCGAAAAUGGUGCCACGCGAUUUGUGCCUGGGAGCCAUUCUGGAACCCUGCCUCAGGGCCACUGGUCUGGUGAGCAGCCCGAAGCACAGCAGGCUCCGGCAGCCACGAUGCCAGCCGGCUCUGUCGUUGUCUAUUAUGCCAGCACUUUGCAUGGAAGCGGUGAGAACCGAUCGCCAAAGAUGCGAACAGGUUUGAAUUUCAAUUACGCUUUCGUUGACGAAGCUGGCGGAAGCAUCGGCCUCAGGAGCAUUUUCCGUGACAAAAUGACCUUUCGAGUGGGGAUUCUGAGUGGUGUUGCGAUGCGUAGUUCGAAGAAAAAGAAUUUGCGUGCAGGGAACGUGCUGGUUGAGGAGGACAAGAGCUCUGACUUGUCAGGUGGCUUGAUCGAGGGGCUGUCUGGUGCUGGUGGCACCUACGGGCCGCGUGGUGACCCCGUCGGUGUUGCAUCCACACAAUGUGCUUUUGCUGUGACAACUUCAUCCGGCUCCGUGGUGUCCUGGGGCGAUGGGGACAUGGGCGGGGAUGCCAGGCUUGUGCAAGAGCAGCUGAUGAGCGGUGUUGUGCGUGCCUUGGACGAUGGUGUCUACGCCAAUGCGUUUGCUUUUGCAGCUCUGAAGAAAGAUGGUUCGGUGGUAACCUGGGGUUUGGGAGCUGCGGGCGGCAACAGCAAUUCCGUGAGGUGUCAGCUUGCAAGCGGCGUGCGCGACAUCUUCUCGACACGCUUAGCUUUUGCGGCGGUGAAGGAGGAUGGCUCCAUCGUGACGUGGGGAGCUGUGGAGUUUGGGGGCGGGCCUCCACCACGCAUGAGUGCUGUGUGUACCAUUUCUUCGACCGACGCCGCUUUCGCAGCCCUUACCACAAGCUCUCGAGUGCAUGUUUGGGGUGAUCCUGCCGCUGGUGGAUGUGCAGAAGAAGUCGCGGCAGAUUUGGCUGAUGAGGUUCUGGCCGUGUUUGGAUGCAAGUGUGCUUUUGCUGCUACGAAACAAAAUGGUUCUGUGGUCUGCUGGGGCGAUGCUGCUGCCUGCCAUGGCUUGGAGGGCAUCAGGUGUAAAUUCGGAAAGGUGCAAGUGCAGCAUAUUGCCUCCACAUCGAGAGCAUUCGCUGCCCUCACAACUGCUGGCUCCGUCCUCUGCUGGGGAGAUCCUUCCAGCGGCGGAUGUUCUUCCAAGGUUGAGGGGCAUCUCCAGGAAAAUGUUGUUAAGAUCUAUAGCAAUGAGGCAGCCUUUGCGGCGGUGAAACGAGGUGGAGCAGUGAUUCCAUGGGGUGGGCACUAUCUUGACCUAGACUUGGGGUCUGCUGGGCAGAAGUUGGCCGGUGGGGUGGAGGAAAUUGUCACGACUCGCUCGGCAUUUGCAGGCCUCAAGUCUGAUGGUACUGUCGUAGCCUGGGGCCACCGCAACAGAGGAGGUGAUAGUAGUGCUGUUGCGUGGCGGCUUGCGGAAGGCGUCAGAAGUAUUUGCGCUGCAGACAACGCAUUUGCUGCCAUUACCAGGUCCGGAGCAGUGGUGACAUGGGGUGUGACAGAUGAAGUCGGCAAUGGUUGCUCUGCAGAUGGAUUUCUGGAGAGCGAUGUCCAUGAUUUGUUUUCAACAUGUAAUGCAUUCCUGGCCAUCAAGUAUGACGGGACGAUUGUAGUGUGGGGAGGACGUAGGUCGGGCGGCGAUGCGGGCGCUGUUUGCGAUCGAUUGCCAGUCUGCGGCUGUGUG